AUGACCAUUAGGCGAAAGCAGUCUCAAGUGUUUGAGGAAGUGAGCGAAGUUCCCAAUGUUAGAGGAAUAAUAGCUUUCGCCCUAAGGCUUCAUGAGAGCCUGAAAACAGGGGGUUUGGUUUUGAACAGUUCAAUGGCAGAUCCACCUCUCUGGAAGGUACGGCAUUCAGCUAGUGGAUCAAAUUGGUUCCUAGAAAAGAGGGAGAUGAGUUAUGUAGGCUGUAGCCGUUCAAGAAAUGUAUCGGUUGCUCGACCGUUGCUGGUCAAAGAUUCUAUGCGUGAUAUUGCCAGAAAACCGAUGAGACUUACCAGAAGUGAAUUGACCUCUGGGACACUAGCGAGUCCGUCCUUAAAUGCCCUAAAAAUUGGGUCCAUGCUCCAAGCCUCAAUCUGUAUUGUCCUUGAAGCUAGACCGUGGAAGUAUGGUUAUAGUCCCAUUCCAUUAGUGGGUCGGCUAGACUCUCUCAUUUCUCUUGAACAUUUAUCCGAUUGUCCUCUGUUAUAUUUACACAAUAAUAGCCUUCAGGCUGUAAGAGAUCGUAAUGCUUUGAGGUGCUUUGUGAAAAUCUUUACAUCUAGAACAUAUCUGCGUGCCCUUACUGAGUCUACUGAUGAACUAAUGCGCCAUGCUUCUUCACUGCGUGGACCUGGGGUGGAUAUGGUAAUAGAAAGAUUGAAUGCCAUUUUGAAGGAUCUGGAGUUGAUGCUUCUUUCUCUCAAUUACAUCGACCCUAACCUGCUAGCUGCUCAACUCCUUUAUGGAAACUGA